CACCUAAUUACCAUAUUUGUGACUGCUCACAGACACGGCGGUAAUCACUACCAGCUGUAGCGAGUGACUAGCGUGUCAGCCUGCGCCUGUGCUAGUAACUGCACUUUCAGUUCAGGGAACUGCGUGUGUGAGCUUUGGAGAUAGUUAGUCGUCGCCAACUUUUACAGACAUGGGUAUUCUGGAGAAAAUAGCUGAAAUUGAGCGGGAGAUUGCCAGGACUCAAAAGAACAAAGCUACAGAGUAUCAUCUCGGUCUACUGAAAGCAAAAUUAGCGAAGUACCGACAACAGUUGUUGGAACCAACAACAAAGGCUGGAGCAAAAGGAGAAGGUUUUGAUGUAAUGAAAUCUGGUGAUGCCAGGGUGGCUCUGAUUGGUUUUCCAUCAGUUGGUAAAUCUACUCUGCUCAACACUCUGACAGCCACACACAGUGAGUCAGCCUCCUACGAGUUCACCACCCUGACAUGUAUCCCAGGAGUCAUACAGUAUAAUGGUGCCAACAUUCAGCUUCUAGAUCUGCCAGGAAUCAUUGAAGGUGCCUCCCAGGGUAAAGGCCGGGGUCGACAGGUCAUAGCAGUGGCUCGUACAGCUGAUCUGGUCAUCAUCAUGUUGGAUGCCAUGAAGGGUGAUGUACAAAGGUCACUACUGGAAAAGGAACUAGAGAGUGUUGGCAUCAGGUUGAACAAGAAGAGACCAAACAUUUAUUUCAAGUUGAAGAAAGGAGGAGGGGUUUCCUUUAACUCCAUGUGCCCCCUCACACACUGUAGUGAGAAGCUGGUACAGAUGAUUCUACAUGAGUACAAGAUUUUUAAUUGUGAGGUGCUGUUUCGAGAAGACUGCACUGCUGAUGAGUUUAUUGAUGUCAUCUGUGGCAACAGAGUCUACCUCCCAUGCCUCUAUGUCUACAACAAGAUUGAUCAAAUAUCUAUAGAAGAAGUGGACAGAAUCGCCCACCAGCCAUACUCUGUUGUAAUAAGCUGUGAGAUGAAGCUGAAUCUGGACUACCUGCUGGAGAAGAUGUGGGAACACCUGGCACUCAUCAUUGUCUACACCAAGAGAAGGGGAUGUCCCCCAGACUUUGGUGAUGGCAUCAUCAUGAGGAGAAGCUGCUCUGUGGAGCAUGUGUGUCACUCCAUACACAGACAGCUGAAGUCUCAGUUCAAAUAUGCACUUGUGUGGGGCACUAGUGUGAAGUACAGUCCCCAGAGAGUCGGACUGCAGCAUGUCAUGUGCCACGAAGAUGUCAUCCAAGUCAUGAAGAAAUGAUGGCCUCGCACAGUAUUAUGUUCUGCAUGUUGUUACAGUAUAUAAAGAAUUUAGCUUUGUGUUGUUGGAACUUGAUAAGCAUUUCACCUUUUGCCCUGAAAGCAGCAUGGAAAACUUUCAUGACCUUAAACCAGGCUUAAAGUUUGAAAUUAUAUCCUUGUGGGUAAAAUGUCUGGAAGAGUCAGAAUUCUCUUCAAAUUUGAAAUUGUGAUGUUCUGAUGGAUCUUUACAACUUUAUUUGGGCUAUCCAACUUCCAUUUUCAGACCACAUGACAAUGACAUGUAUUGUUGAGGAAUCAGAUUUUGCUAUUUUUGCCUUGUUUCUAUGUUAAAGUUUUGAACAUCAAUUCUGCAGUUUUCACUCAUUAAUUUGGGAAGUCACAGACUACUACAGGCAGAUACAAAAUGCCCGUUUUUUGCAUUGCUUGGUUUCUUCAGGUUAACCUUUUGUCUGGGCCUUUUUCACAUCAAAAGCUGAUAUGGAGUUCCCAAUUUUGCAGAAAGUCCAGGCUAAAAUAAACAACUGCUAUAAAACUGAAAAUUAGUGUAACACUAAGACAAUAUAUUUUGAUGAUACACUAGGUCCUGUUUGUUCAAAAAACUGUAUUCACAUAAAUAGGAAAACUCUAAAAUUGUAAAGCAAACAUUUUUAGAAGAUUAAAAGUAAACAUUUUAGAAUAUUCAUGUUUAUUAGAACCUUGGCACAUUUUUGUUGAAUCAUUUGAACCAAUACUUGAAGUUGUUGAUAACUGUGAUGAAAAUAACUGUAAAUGACAGGACAGUAAAAGGAAAAAAGUGGUUGCUUUUAAGUCUAGAAAUGAAUUAUGAUCCUGCAGUUUUACAUACACUGUACAUGUAUUAAGGCCUCGGGCAUGUUAUAACAUACAUUGUACACAAACAGAUACAUGUAUACUUGAAGUAUUGAAAUUGUGAUACUGAUUAGCAGGUUUAAUCACCCAGACAUUACACUUUGCUUAUUAAUAAAUUGAUUUAUUUUCGUUGGUUGUUGGUUGAGGAUAUUCAAGCUCAUCUGAAAUCUGAAAUAAAAUCUGUACAACCUGAAAACUUGCAGAUGGUUGAACACAUUUCUUUCUAUCAUGGGGCCACAAACUUGAAUGGAGCACAAAAAGUGACAUUAACCCUCACAAAAUGCUGAUUUAAAUAUGCUGAAUUUGACACGAAAUGGAUACAGGACAUUAGGACAGCUAACCCUUAUAUACAUAAACUGGGGUUCACACAGACGAGCUGCACAGACUUCAGCACUAUAUACAUGUACAUGUAUUUUGUAAUAUUUUCAA